UUGAAAUGUCCCAGUUCUGUACGCGUGAGUUAGACAUUUGUAGGGCCAUGUUUACUGAGCUGCCCCGGAAGUAAUCGGGCGAGAUGUUAGGCAUCCAAUACCCAUGCGCGCCGACAUUGAUGGCCGAAGAGAGCGAACCUAGACCAACAUUCCUCAUGGUGUGGCUCAAAGCCAUCCCCUUGGUGUUCCUGGCCUUCUCGACCCUCUCUUUCAACGUCAUCGUCCUCUGGAUGUUCAAAGUCAAGAAAUCUUUGAGGAGCUGCAAAAAUAUUUAUCUGGCCAGCUUGGCCAUAGCUGACCUGAUUAUCGGCGUGUGUAUGUUCGUGGCGACGGUGCAGCAGUUGAAAGGGGCGGUGGAGUGGUUGCCCUUUGUUUGGUGCCGGUUCUACCUGGUGGUCCGCCAGUCGGCGCUGUACGUGUCCCUGCUGAGCCUGCUACUGGUCACAGGGGACAGGUGGUGGUCCAUACACUACCCCUUCUCCUACCGCACACGACGGCGGAAAAAAAACGCUUUCAUCGCUGUCGGCUGUGUCUGGUUUGUCGGGUUCGCUGUUCAGGUCAUCCCUGUUAUCGUGUGGGACUAUUUCAUCCAAGAUUCCCCGGAAUCCAACUCCACGGACAUGAACUCCAGCGUUCAUCUCUUCCCGUCUUGUGAGCUCCCCUUCGCCCACAGCAUCUCUUUCGUGGCCAUCGUCUCCGCCAUCCAGUACCUCCUGCCCCUGGUCGCCAUGCUCACCCUCAACUGCAGCUUGUACGUGGGCAUUCUGGGUAGGAAAAAAAUACAAAUCCGCCGUUCUUUGAAUUCCUCAGAUAAACUUUUCUCCAGUGAUAAAAGAAAUUCUCUUUCCUCCGUUCAAGAUUUAAGUUCGGCGACGGAAGAGUACGCUGAAUUGUUAACAGGGCUGGGCCACCGGCCGAACUACAUGAGAUACACCUACCCCAGGCGGAACUCAGCGGGACCCGUGCUGCUCAGAGCGUCAACCUCCGUCCCGGCGUUUUCCAACAGUGCCAGUUUAGGUUCGGGCGGUCGACGGUUCAGCUGGGCGCCGAGGAAGACAUCGCUUAGACCCAGCAAAGACGGGGAGGAACUGGCCAAGAACUUACUGGUCAAGCAGGACCGUCGUGCGGCUUGCUGGCUGGGACUGCUGGUCAUCGUGUUCCUGAUCUGCUGGCUGCCGCACACCGUCGUGGGCAUCCUGCUGUCUGCCCGGCAACACGUAGUUCCUGUCUGGGCACGGGACCUGACCUUCUGGCUGCUGCUAGCCAACUCGGCCAUCAACCCGCUGCUGUACGGGUUCUUCAACAAGGAGAUCCGGGAGGCCUUCAAGCAGUGGAUGCGAGGCGGCUCCAACAAGAGACAGGUGCGGAUGAAAAACGCUAUUUUUAUCUACGGGGUCAGCCUGAACUCAGCUAUUCCACAAAUCAACCGGAGAAUUUCAUCCUUCGACACGGUACCAGAGUAA